AUGCUCAAACCAUUCCUUAUCUUGUGUCUGAUACCACUCUCCCACGCUUACACGGUAUUCGAAACAAACUGUACUUCGCCUACCACUCUAACGAAUUUUGUAUCGGCUCCCAACACUCGAGGCACUCUCGACAUACUAUGGAGUUCUCUAUUCACAAUAUUUGCUUGCACUUGGACGCUGCAGCACCCCAAUGUUCCCAAUCAACGGGACAACCUUGACGCUCAACCAUGGGGAAAAGACGGAGGGAUGAGUGCUCGCUGGACGAGAGCUAAAUGGGGGUUGGAAAGCUUCUACAGAAGCUCACUGCGGAUGCUUUGGACCAUUAUUGCUCCCGAACUGAUCAUGACUGCGGCUUCUGCUGAGCUGAUGGACGCACAUACGAAUCUUAAAGACAUGCAGGCAAUCGCCGCGCAGGACCGAGUGAGUUGGACUCUGACCCACAGCCAUUUUGCAAACAUGGGGGGUUUUGUCAUACGAGGCACGCCGACGCCAAACCAGCAACACCAUGACCCAUACCAUCUCAAUGGCACCUGCGUCCUCAUGCUUAGAAGCGAGGGACACAUUACGAGAUUGCCUGAUCUGACCGAAGCAGAAAUCAACGACAAGUCCAAAGGCGAUGUGCUUGUCAAGUUGAUUGCCCUUGGCCAAAUUGUGUGGGCUACCAUUCACAUCAUAGUCCGGGCUGUAAGAAGGCUCCCUGUUUCGCCUCUCGAGGUAGCCGUUGUGGCCUUUGCCGCAUGUGCAGUCUUCAUAUACGGUCUCUACUGGGGAAAACCGCAGCGUGUUGGCAUUGCCCAUACGAUUCGGCUCAACAACACUUCCAGGUCGCAUGGAGGAGCCAUACCGCCUGAAGUGUACUAUGGAAUCAGAGUAGAGGUGCCUAGCCGGGUUUUCAAGACGAUAUAUUCCGGGGUCCUCUUGGGCAUAAUAGGGAUCGAAUCUGAAGCAGAGACUCUACCAGGCGCCCCGAUUAGCAUCGACACGGAUAACGGCGCUGUGGGUGACCCUCUGCGGAUUGGAGGCAUUGUGGCUAUUGGAGCGGCUGUGUUUGGUGGACUCCAUGCUAUUGCGUGGAACUUUGCCUUCCCAUCAGCGGUUGAGUUGGCCCUCUGGAGAUUCGCAAGCAUCUACACGGCUGCCGCUCCGCUUUGCGUCGUGCUGCUCACAAUCUUCGCCUCCAAGAGGGAUUCUAAGCUCGGAGAACGGCUGCCGGGCGCCAUCGGCUUUAUUCUCAUGUUUGGCUAUGUCCUUGCAAGGCUUUUCAUCCUUGUCGAGAUGUUUCGGACGCUUUUCUUCCUUCCUCCUGGUUCAUACAUUUCUACUUGGACAUCGAAUAUUCCGCAUCUUGAGUGA